AUGAAGUUUUUUGGCAAGAAGUCGCUCAAAAAAAACCAACGUCAGGACAGUGGUGAGGACACAGACGAUUUCUCCCACUCGGAGCCUUCCUCGCCCAUCAAAAGCCCCUCUCACAAGUCAUCCUCUCCCACCAAAUCUUCGCCGAUAAAAUCGCCCGUCAAACAUCUGCAUUCCCACAACCCCUCCAAGAUCGACCAGGAAAAUUUGCCUUCGCUUUCACGAGAGCCGAAGCACCCUCGCCUGCCUCGCUCUUUUGGGAGGGACCAAGGGUCGUCGUCGAGGCGCAAGAAGAUUGAUCCAGACACGCACCCUCUGAACCUGCCACCCGAGGAGCGAAAGCGCCUCUCAGAACUCUCAGCCAUGUCAAACCGCGGUGAAUCCAUGGACAUCGACCGGGAGCCCCCGAAUGGGACUCCUGCUUCGCCAAAGGCCCAGUCACCCACGCCGCAGCCUCCUUCCGAUCCACCCGGCCCAGCCGACGCCAACGGAGGUACUGUUCGGCCGAUGAACACAGACUCGGACGUUCCAGUGCCCCCGCCACACAAGUCUCCUCCGGGACCAACCCCCGCCGAGGAGGCCGAGGGCUUCAAAGCAGCCGGGAACAAGCUUUUCAAAGACAAGGAGUACACUCGCGCCAUCGGCGAGUAUACUAAGGCUGUGAACCUGGUUCCGAACUCUGCCAUUUACAGAAGCAACAGAGCUGCCGCGUUCAUGUCCGCUGGCAAAUACGAAGAGGCUUUUGAAGAUUGCAAACGAUCCCUUGAACUCGAUCCUGACAACCCCAAGACCCUGCUCCGGUUGGCCCGUAUUUACACUGGCUUGGGCAAGCCGACUGAGGCCAUUGCAACUUUUGGGCAGAUUCGUCCUUCGCCAUCCACGAAGGACAUGGCCCCAGCCAAGGAGAUGCUGCAACACGUCGAGGCGGCCCAGUCUGCUCUGAAGAGUGGCCAAGCAUCCUUUGUGCUUCGAGCUCUUGACCUGGCCGAGAAGCAUCUGCCAUACGGUGUUCUUAGGCCGAGAAAAUGGCAGCUCAUGCGAGGUGAGGCACUCCUAAAAAUGGGUGAUAUCAACUCAAUCGGGGAUGCUCAGAAUAUUGCCAUGUCUCUCUUGAGAAUCAACAAUCAAGACCCUGAGGCCUUGGUCCUUAGAGGACGUGCUCUUUAUGCGCAAGGGGAGAACGACAAGGCUAUCCAGCAUUUUCGCAAGGCUGUUAGCCUUGACCCUGAUUUCAAGGAUGCAGUCAAAUGGCUGAGAGUUGUUCAGAAGCUUGAUCGGAUGAAGGAGGAGGGUAACGUUGAGUACAAGGCCGGCAAAUGGCAAGCAGCUAUCGAGAAAUACUCGGCUGCUCUACAAGUGGACCCGGAUAACAAGGGCACCAAUUCCAAGAUCCUACAGAAUCGAGCGCUUGCAUACAACAAGCUCAAGCAGUAUGAUCAGGCGAUUGUUGACUGCGAGAAGGCUCUGAAUCUGGACCCCAGCUACACCAAGGCUCGCAAGACCAAGGCUACUGCUCUGGGCUUGGCCGAGAAGUGGGAAGAUGCGGUCAGGGAGUGGAAGAGCCUCGCCGAAUCAGAGCAAGGCGACCGUACGAUUCUUAAAGAGCUCAGGCAUGCUGAGCUUGAGCUCAAGAAGAGCAAGAGGAAGGACUACUACAAGAUUUUGGGAGUAAACAAGGAUGCGGACGACAAGGAGAUCAAGAAGGCCUAUCGCAAGCUGGCCGUCAUCCACCACCCUGAUAAGAACCCGGGCGACGAGGCGGCGGAAGCACGGUUCAAGGAUAUUGGUGAAGCCUACGAAACCUUGAGCGAUCCUCAGAAACGUGAACGUUACGACAGCGGUAUCGAUUUGGAGGACCCCUCGGACAUGUUUGGGGGAGGAGGUCACGGUAUGCACGGCGGCAUCGACCCAGAGAUACUGUUCAGCAUGAUGGGCGGCCAAGGUGGGUUUGGUGGCGGGGGUGGGUUCGGCGGGGGUGGCGGCUUCCAUUCUUUUGGCGGCGCGCGGGUACCCCGGGGGUUUCCAUCACCAAAGGGCGAUGACGACGACGGCCGGGGCAGUUGCACCGGCGAGUCAAAGCCUGACAGUGGUGGGGAUCCGGGACAAUCUCACCAAGACAAUGACCCGGCCCAGAGCGCGCAGUGGUAUGCCGCGGACGACGAGGGGCGAGACGACACCGAUUACGGUGAUAGACGAGAUCGUUACGCAGCAGAGAAAGGCCGAAAGAUGACCUUGGCUCAGUUGCGCAAGUUCUGGCCGUGGCUGGCGGCUGUGGUAGUGCUUCUGCCUUCCACAUUGAGUUUUCCUCUAAUAUUUGCUUGUGGAGUUAUGUACAUUAUCACCAAGGCUGCAAAAAAACCCGCCACGAAGGAUCCGGGGGGCUGGGUAGAGGAUGAUGGCCAUUAG